AUGGACGUAAAGGCACCUGAAGAGGUCCAGGCCGAUAUCAGUGGGCCUGGUAUAGGUCAUGGUACAACCGAGAUCUACAUUGAUCCAGUCAAGGAGAGAAAGAUGAUGCGCAAGUUCGAUAUCUUUGCGAUUGGCCUACUAGGACUUUUCUAUUUUAUGGCAAAUCUCGAUCGGAGCAAUAUCGGGAAUGCUCAAACCGCCGGGUUGCCAGCCGAUCUGGGGCUUGUUGGAAACCAAUUCGGUACAGCGACUACUCUUCUAUACGCAACUUAUGUUCCAUUCGAAGGUCCCAUUGCAGUGCUUCUCAAGAUUAUUGGACCAAAGCCUCUUCUCUCGACAUGCGCGUUCUGCUGGGGAAUAACGACACUUGGAAUGGCGUUCAUUCAGAACUGGAAGGGUCUUUACGCCUGUAGAUUGCUUACUGGCCUCUUCGAAGCCGGGCUAAUCCCUUGCAUAAAUGUGUACAUUGCACUCGUAUACAAGAAAGAAGAGCGGGGGAAGCGCUCCGCUGCAAUCUUCGCUUUCAGUGCCUGCUCUAGUGCAUUUGGUGGUCUUCUCGCAUAUGGCCUGACGCAGGUCAAUGGACCAAACGGUUGGGAAGGCUGGCGAUGGCUAUUCGUCAUUGAAGGAGCCAUGACCUCGAUCCUUGUGCCACUUUAUCUCUUCCUCUUUCCGAAACAUCCCACGACUGCGUGGUUCCUCAGUGCCGAAGAAAAGAUCAUGAUGCAGGCUCGCUACGACAAUGAUCCACACUGGGGACAGAAUGAAGAAUUCCAAUGGGCUGACUCCCUAAGCGCUUUAACAGACCCAAAAUGGUAUGCGUUAUUUAUUUACCAGUUCAGCGUGGAUAUCUCGCUUUAUGGAUUUACCACUUUCUUGCCGAAGAUCGUCUCUGGACUUGGGUACUCUGGAGUGAAGGCGAACUUGAUGACAGUGCCUAUUUAUAUCGUCAGCCUGAUCUGGUUCCUUGUUAUCGCAUAUUUCUCCGACCGAACAGGUCUCCGAGGGCCUUUUCUCGCUGGUCCCUUGCUCUGUCUGGUGAUUGGUUAUGCAAUCCUCAUAUCUGUGGAGGACUUGGAGGUUCGCUUCUUUGCGUGCUUCGUUGUUGGUCUUGGAAUUUAUCCCACCACUGGCCUAUCUUUAAUGUGGCUCCAAGAUAACACGGCUCGGCACUUCAAACGAGCCACAAUGGUAGGCAUGACGCUUUGUUUUGGUAACACUGCCGGUGUAGCAGUUGGCCAGAUUUUCACAACUGAGUCCGCUCCUCGUUAUAUCAAGGGUCUGUCGAUUAGCUUAGGUCUUGCAGUCGUCGCAUUGGCAAUGGUCACAGUCCUUAUGGUAGGAAUGACCGCAGUGAACAACAAGAGGGCUGCCAGGAUCCGCUUGGCCGAGGAAUCGGGCGAGGUUCUGGAAAGUGAGCCUGAAAAAGGCGACUAUGAUGUAUUUUUUCGGUAUUCUCUCUAA